AAAAAUAAUGACAAAAUUUGUCAAAACCAUUCAAGUGAUAUGUCAAUAUACUGAUUUUAUCAAAAGUAUCUUAAAGGCAAUAUAAUAAGGAAGAUCAGAAAAUCUUUCGGUUGUAGCAUGUCCUAAUGGUAUCGAAUUUUUGAGAGGAUAUUUCAGAAUCACAGUGGAGAAGAAAUUCCGACAAGAUGGUGGAUCUCUCGGAUGUACCCCAUGAAAAAAUGAAGUUUCACCCCUGCGAUACUCCAAGAGAAAACUGGCAAGAGAUACAAAAAAAGAUGAUGGCAGUCGCUAAGUCACCUACAAAGGAAUCGCCGGAAGCUGUAUCUCUGUACAUAGAAAGUUCUAAAGCGUCAGAAGAGUCAAUGAAAGAGAUACCAAUAGUGAAACACUAUGAAGCAGACACAACGUCGUACCAGUACAGAGUUUCCGACGUGGUUCCCUCAAAUCCUUCGGACGUAUGCGCUGCGGUAGUUGAAGAGAUCGUGCAAAAUGUCGAUAGAACGAUCCAUGCUAAGGAUCAGCUGGAAUUGGUGUUCAGAGGCAAGUCGGGCGAUUCGGAUCGUACCUUGAACAUUGACAUGGAAGAUCUUUCCUGGGAUUCACUAUCGAUUGAUACUAAAGAAGAGAGUACUAACAUCUUGCCUGCCUAGCAUAGGGGGUACGAAACGUUUUGUAACGAAUUAUUCAAAUUAUAGUCCAAAUUGUAUCUCGUAAGGAAUAAAUAUCAGCAAAAUA